UUUGUUUGGUUCCAGCAGAGCCGUUAUCUGGCGAGCUUUACUGAACGUAAUGAUGAAAAAGGCGGGGCUGCAGGUCCUGGCUCUGCGUCUCGGGGAACGCAAACGUCUGACCAACCUGUGCGUGCUGGAGCUCUUCCGACAGUCCGUGCGAAGCGUCAUGAUCAUGUGGCGUGUGUGCCGCAUCUUCAUGUCACGCUCCAACUACUCCAUGCACCUCAACAUCCUGGAGAACCUCAACACCCAGCUCGCAGGAGUGGGCAAAAACCUUGUGUUUGAUCUGAACCACUUCAAAAUCAAAAAGAACCACAUUCCUCUGAAGCUGGUGGAGAUCAUGGGCAAGCACCCGGAGCAUCGGUCAGAGCAGGAGGUGUUGCUGCUUCUCAGCCUGUUGAUCACCAUCGACGGUUUCCGCCGCUACAGUCCUACCCUGCAGCUGCUGCUGUCCCGCGUUGUCCGCUACCAGAGAGGGAUGAGAAAUGCUGGCAAGCCUCACCUAAUUAUAGAAGUCAAGUCUGAUGUUGUUGUUGUCCUAUCGGAGAGAGUUCCCACACUUCCUGUGAGUCUGACCCUACUGCCCUCUGCCUCCAGGUCCCUGGAGCUUGUGUCAUCCUUCUCGUCCCCCCUGAUUGAACGCUUGGCAGACCACUCCAAAGCAGAGCUGUUCCGACAUGGACGCAUCGUCGUCAAGGACACCAACGACAUGGGCAACCUCAUCUUUGUUGCGCGGGGUCUGUGUGACGUUCUUAGAAAGGUGGACCUGACAAAGUGCAAGACAUACCAGCGUCUGCUUAAAAAACAUCAGAGUGCAGAGAGCAGUGUGAAGACUGUGUCGCCACGGCAGCCAGAGGGUGUCUCAUCAGAGAAGACCAGCACACACACACACAGAGGGUCUCCCACACCAGUGAAAGGCCCACCCGUUGACCUCCCCACCUCCGCUUGGUUCCUGAUUGACAGCCUGCUACAGGGCAGCACUUUUGGUCUGAAUGAGUACCUGAUCCCACACAGACAGAGGGACAGCCGAAGCCUGACGCUGGUCAGUCGGAGCGUUGAGAUUCUCAGAGUGGACAAGACCUGCUUUGAUGAGCUGGUCGAUGAUGAAACCUUGAAGAAACUGAAGGACAUACAGAAGACCUAUCCCAGCGACGAGGAGCUCUGCACCGUGCUGCUGCGGCACCAGGGAUGGGAGAGGUUUAAGGUUGCUGUGACGAUGGACGUGUUGGCCUACUGCCCGCAGCGUGACCGUGGCACCAUGCCCACCUCCCACAUCAGAGCCAACCACAAACCCCCCGCUGGCCAGUCCACCCCCGGCGGGAGACCCACCUGAGCUCACACACCACCAUGCCCAGGGGCAAACACACAGCCGCGGGGCAGAAUGCUGCAGAGGAUGCUUGCUUGGUCCCCUGCAUAUCCUUGGAAUGUAUCGCUCAUCUAUAGUGGAAAAUGCUUUUAUUAAAAAGUAGCAUUCAGCAUUCUAUAUG